AUUCCAGUGAUCCCUGAGGAUAUUUUCUUCACCAGUGAGUUUUCAGUGGUAGUCAAGGAGGAGGAGGAUGCAAGUUCUGCAGGACUUGACCUCAUUCCCCUGGUGGAUCAGCAACUUCUUUAUACGUGCUGUCCAUUUCUCGAUGAGUUUCGUAAGCUUCUAGCAGCUUUUGUGUCUGGCAGCACGGCCAGGGGUGGAGGAAUUAUCCGCAAGAUUACUCCCACUUCUGCUGAGCUGAAGGAUGCGCCGGCUGCUAACAGAUCGCAGCAGAAGCUGCAGGUGGAUCUCGAGCAAGCCUUCUUCCACAACCAGCCUCCGUCGUUGCGCCGCACGGUGGAGUUUGUGGCUGAGCGGGUCGGAUCCAACGCUGUUAAACACAUGAAAGCUACGUUGGUACAAGAGCUGGUGGACCGAGGAGAGAAGAUGCUGAGGGAUGGACUGGAGUCGCCAAACACAAGUUCUUCCAAACUGAACGAGUCCAUCUGUGCUCAGCUGUGUGAGGCUGGUCUGGAGGCCUUGGCUAAAGCCACUAGAUACUGCAAUGAGAAGAGUCCUGAAGCCAUACGUAUACUGCUCCCUGCUGAGACUACACCUAUGGUCUUGGUUACUUCUGAAAACAUCACCAAACGUCUUGCUGCUGAAAAAGCAUGUGGCUGGCUGUCUGCCAACAUCACAGCUCUUGUGAGGCGAGAGUGGAAGAGCAGGUGUGAUCGUGUGAUGAAGGGUCUCGGCAGCCCUGUGGCUUCAGACUCAGUGGACGUGGACGGGGUUGUGGCUGAACUGGUGAACUCUGAAGAGUCAACGACUCCCAAGAAGAAACAAGGAAGUGAUGGACCGCUGUCAUGUCCUCCUCUCUGUAAACACAACACUUCAAAACCCUCAGACAUCCUCAUUGAGAUUAAGGAGUUGCUGAGCAUUGCUGUGGGCCCCAGGACUGACGAGGAGCUGCUGACUGGCUCUCAGCUCAAAAGUCUGCUGCAAAGAGUCGAAGACACGCUGGCUUGCAGAAAGUUUUUGUUGGUUACGUCGGAGCAGAUGCUUCUGAACUGUACUGUGCUUCUGGCCUGCAAGCUGGCGUCUGGAGAGCUGCCAGUACGGUCUUUGUUGUGGUGUGGCGAACAUGAUGGGGUCGCUGUGGGUCCCGGCCCAGGGUCAGAGCCUCCUGUGUCUGAACUGCUGGAGCAGCUUGCUGAGCUGUGGAGGAGACGCUGCCAUUUGUCCGCCCCACUUCAUCAGCUCUUCACCCCUCUCACCAUCACUGCUGUGCUGAAGGCCAGUGACAUGGAGAAGACAAACUACCUGUUCCUGAUUCGAAAGCUGGUGGACAAAGGACUCCUGAGUGAGGAAGAGGUUCUGUCUCACUGGAAGAAACUAACGGACCUGGCCUUGCCAGCAGAGCUGAUAGAGAAUUUCCAGCUGCAAUCACAGAGUAAAAACCUCCUGGUGCCUCGGACUGAGCUGAAGUGCAUCGACACACUGCAGGUUUCACAUCAGACAGUAGAGGGCGCAACAUGACUACAGUACCAACACCAGAGUCUGAUCACCACAGUGUCUUUGUCUACACGCUUUUUUUCUCUCCCACGAAAAAAGACUUAAUGUUUUUCUCUAUAAUCUACCAAAAACUCUUUCAAAUCAACUAUUUUGUUUUCACUUGUGAAUUGACAGUUUUCUCUGCUCAUCAGCUGAGGUGCCAGUGACAAACAGAAAUCAGAGUUUCUCCUUGUAAACAAGCUGGAUCAGAGGAUUGUGACGUUUUGGAAAAUUUGUUUAUAAUCAGUGAUUUUAAUAUUCAGUUUAACAGACACAACCAUCGACUAAAGCUUAAAUUAAACAUACAGAUUAUUUUUAUGGAUUUCAGACCAGUGAGAUAAAAAAAACAUUGUCUUUAUUAAAGUGUAGCACUUUCACAUACUGCCUUUGACCGCAUAACUAGUGAGAGCAUGUUUAGCCCAUAAAUGCAGAGCUGCAUUUGUGAUUGUUUUUGUUCAUGUUGAACGACGUUGCAAUUUUUAAAUAGAAAUUUUAUGACGAUACAAAAUGAAUUAAUGUAAUAAAGAUUUAUUUGGAUGUGCAUUA